AUGGCUUUCACGAAAUCAGUACUUUUGAUAUUGCUCGGAGCAAUGUUGUUUGGUUUCGCGAUUGCCCAAAAUGAUUCAUCAAUAUCCUCUACAAAAUGGGCCCCGACACCUUCUCCGGCGUGGGAGUCGACUCCCACGCCGCGAACUCCGGCUCCGGAGCCGCCUUCAAAUAAAGCUCCGCCACCCACCAAAUUAGUUCCUUCUCCCGCUCCGGCAUCAUCGCUAUCUCCUGCACCUGCACCGGCGGCGCCGAAACAGAAUGGCGCAGCCGCAUUUAACCAACUCGGUUUCGGCGUCGCAGGUGCGUUGGUAGUAGUUGGUUUGUUCGCCUAG